AUGAACUCUCCCCUUAUUCCAAGCUGGGGACUUACGGUCCUCCACAGCCUUAGGCACUCCCGAAAGCCAGUUAAGGGCGCAGGACGAGUAACCAAAAUCGAGGCUGGCCUCUGGAAAGAGUCGGCCGUGAAAGGGCCCGGGUACACCCGCUGCGUGAACACUUGGAAAUCUGGGGUUUGUGAUGUGGGGCCCUCCAUUUGGAAUUUGUUCUCGAUGGCUUGUGUGAUGAUUUGGAUGGCGGGGAACGAGUUGUGUCCAGUCGAGCAUCCGAAGUCCGCGAUUCGAAAGGGUGUCGUUUGGGUUGAGGAGAGUCGUUUGGUGUCGAGUUUUGCAUUGAGCUCUACACUUUGCCUGGGCCUCUGCUCGGAUUCUAAUGGAAGGUUCAGUGUCACGCGGACACAAGUCCUUGGAUAUUGGAAACAAUUGGCCGUGGGAUUAUGA